CGGGCAUCUCUUCGGCCCCGGAGAUUCCCGAAGUGUAGCCGAGCUGAUCUUCGGGAGAGGAGUGUAUUUUCCCGUCUACUUAAGCUCGCUGCCGCCGCCACUGCUGGUCUUCUAUGCUCUUUAAUUAGCGAGCAUUAUUUACAACAGAGGGACGGAAAUAAUCGCCUUUGUUGGGAUUUUGGCCACACGUUUCUCCUUUUAAUCCUAGAAGAUCGACAGCAAUCGCUUAAUAGCCAUUUCCCCCUAAAACCUCAGGAUUGUCGGAGGGGUUAUAGGUGCGAUUAAAACAGCAGUCGGCUCUGAAUUUUUUUUCUUUUUUUAACCUAAGUCUGUAGAAAAGCACACAACAACAACAAAAGCCCGGCUUCGUCGAGGAAGUCGGGGUUCAAAAGGACUGCAGACGCAAUCAAGGGGAAAGGAGAUUUUUGUAGGACGAAGAGAAGCUAUAAGACGGAAGAAUUCGUUCCAGACGAAGAGUGGGGAGCGAUCACGGAGUCAUUCGAACCGCUUAUAUUACGUUAAAUGCGCAACCGAUAGACAAUCCGGCGUGAGCAAAAGGAAGGAAGGGGCUGAAAAAGCUAAAAGGAGAGAGAGAAACGGACGCGUAUCUGCUCGCAGUCAGUAACCUUGCUCCUGGUGUUUUUCACUCCCACUGCAGCUGAUUAGGCUUGCUGGGUGCGUAUUUUUACCAACUGUUUGCAAUUGAUUUUUUUCCAGAGGUUGUUUGUGCGCUCCGUUUUGUAGCGAAGGGCCGCUGCUGUUUGGCGAGCACGUCCUGUACUGCUCGCACACCUUUACGUCUCACCCUUCCUUCUUCUGCCAUCAUCUUCAUCGUCAUUGUCACUUCUUGUGUGCUUUUUAUUACAUAUUUUUUAAUACUGUAACUUGGUAUUUUUUUAUUUGAUGUCGGCCGAAGUCGCCCCCAUUAUGAUGCCCGGAUCCCGGGGUAUUUUGGACCGGGAUCGUGAAAUGGAAAACCCGGCCCAAGCUUUGUCGACUGCCGGUGGCGGUGCCAGUACCAGCCGGGGAAUCAAGCGAGGGGACCCUGAGCCCGAAGCUCCGUUGGUGGCCAGUGCAGCAGCGGGUGUGGGUGCGGACUGCAAACGAGCUCGCAUGGAGGGAGGACCAGGGCCCGCGGAGAUGGUGCCGCAGAGUGACCCCUUGUCAUCUGGUUACCAUGGAUACCAGCCAAUGCACAGUCAGGGUAGCCAAGAGCCAGUGGUUGGAGCAGAUGGAUUGGUGCCCCCACCAUUUGCUGCUUUUCCUCCUCCACCACCACCUCAGAACGGCUUGGGAUCAGAAUUCAGUGUACCAGAGUUCCCUGGACAGCAGGGUCCACUGGCAGAUUUACCUCUCAGUAUGUACUCCUCCGGCGCUGGACAGGGUGAUCCUGGAGUGAACACCAGCACAGCACAGAGCACAAAUAAUGGAAACAGCCCUAAUAUUAAUACAACUCCUCAAACAGAUGGCUCAGUACAAACAGAGGGACAAGGAGGACAAACGCACAGCACAGAAAGCCCAGACUCCAAGGCCACACCAAAACGUCUUCAUGUCUCUAAUAUUCCUUUCCGUUUUCGAGAUCCUGAUUUACGUCAGAUGUUUGGGCAAUUCGGAAAAAUCUUAGACGUUGAAAUUAUUUUCAAUGAAAGAGGCUCAAAGGGUUUCGGGUUUGUGACUUUCGAGACUAGCGCUGAUGCUGAGAAGGCCAGGGAGCGCUUACACGGAUCUUUGGUAGAGGGACGUAAAAUUGAGGUUAACAAUGCCACUGCAAGAGUUAUGACCAAUAAAAAGAUGGUCAGUCCUUAUGCAAAUGGCUGGAAGUUGAGCCCAGUAGUAGGUGCAGUGUAUGGACCAGAAUUAUAUGCAGUUCCAGGAUUCCCAUAUCCAACUGCUGCUACCACUGCUGCAGCUGCUGCUUUUAGAGGGGCUCACCUACGUGGCCGUGGAAGAACAGUGUAUAGUACUGUGAGGGCCGCUGUGCCUCCUGCUGCCAUUCCUGCUUACCCUGGUGUUGUGUAUCAAGAGGGUUUUUACGGAGCUGAUCUUUAUGGUGGCUAUGCUGCUUAUCGAUAUGCUCAACCAGCUGCUGCUGUAACUGGAGCAACUGCUGCAGCAGCUGCUGCUGCCUACAGUGACAGUUAUGGACGGGUUUACACAACUGACCCCUACCAUGCCCUUGCACCUGCAGCCGCUGCUGCCUAUGGAGUUGGAGCCAUGGCAAGUCUAUAUCGAGGAGGAUAUAGCCGAUUUGCUCCUUAUUAAACAGAAGUGGACCUGUGCAAUUAAGGAGGCCCCUGUCUUGUUCACUGGGGAAUGCAAUAUUAGCCCAAGUAGAUCAACAAGAACUCUAUAGCAACAGCCGCAACACAAUGAGAUUACCAAACCAACAAGGAAUAAAAGAAGAAGAAAAUGGGAAAAAGAUACUUUUUUAUACCUCAUUAUGUUCUCCUUAAAAGAAAACACAUGUAUUUUUUCCUUUAAUUCUUUCUGCCUUUAUUAUUAUUAUUAUUAUUAUUGUUAUGAUUAUACAGUAUAUAUUUUUUUUGUUCCAAAGAUUGUGCAGAAAACAGUUUUUUACUGUGGUAUUUCAGUGCUUUUCUGUAUCUUCAAUGUGCGUAGUUUUAAGUAAGAAUGGAGAACACAUGGCUUGGUGGUAGGCUUUAGUAGUGUCCUAGGUAAGACUGUUAAAUGCCCUUUAGGGAGGUUUGGGGUCCUCAUUCAAGCCAUUUGUCAUUGUAAAGUGUGGGAUGAGAAAAUGUGCAUUAAUAUGCUAAUUUACUGGGUCGAAGUGUCUCAAAUGAGAGUAUAUAGAGCAUUUAUUGGAUUAUGAAGCGUGCAAGUAUUUGGCAGGAUAGAUUUCAUUAUAACACUAAAACGUUGUAUGCAAAUAGCCAACGGGUGCAGAACGCUAAGUAGUGCAGGCAAGAACUUCUGUUGUGAAUGUUUUGUGUGUUUGUGUGCUGCCUUUUUUUUUUGUUUUUUAUAAAGUAAAUCCCUGAAAAAGUCUAUAUAAUGCAGCAUUCUAAAUAUUUAGGGUGUGCUUGCCCCUUCCCUACAAAGAUAUAUCUUAUCAUUUUCCCAAUGACUUUAGAAGAGUAUUGCUCUGACUUACUGUUUAGAGCAUUUAGGGUUUCAGUAGAAUGUGAACUUUGUUAGUAAAUUGGGUUGUUAAGCACACUAAUCUACAAAUUGCUCAGUGAUA